AUAUUAUUCUACCUAUAUCACUGUUAUAUAACCGACGUGAUUGUGACCAAAAUACAGCUUGGUGGCAAAACAUUUCUGACCCCCGAGUCGUACAACGAAGUGCCAAUUGUGGAUCAAAUGACUGGUUUAUUAUACAACGCGCGCAUUCAGACCAAUAAAAUCACGUAUUUUAAUGAACCCGUUUUGCACCUGUUUUGGAUUGGGUUCGGAGACUACUGUUCGGUCACCGAUGCCAUCGUCGAAGACGUGCUCAACACUAUAGACAACGUGAAACCCCCGGUGCCGGCGGCCAUACAGCGAAUGCCUCGCGAUAUUCAACGCACGUUUUAUCCGAAGUUUUAUUCGGGAAACUAUUCGGUGUUUGACUACUAUAUGCCAGAUGUGGGCGACUGUAACGCCGAGUGCCGACCGAUGCCUGUCUUUCAGGGCUAUGCGGACACUGAGAAUGGGUUGAGACAAAUGCGGCGAUACUAUUACGACGAGAACUUUGUCGUAUCACCUGUGCUUUAUCUGAGUCAAGCGCAAUUAACACGGAAUUUUCAAUACUGGACUAAACGUGGUAUAAAAGGGCCCAAACCGUACCCAUGGGUUGGCACCGAUUUGUAUCAAUUUUUCAAACCAACGCAUAUAUUGGACACUCAAUGGCUUAAGACAUACGGAAACAUUUACGGCACGUUCAACAUGGAUGAGCCGGUCAUCACAAUUGCCAAACCAGAGCUCAUACAACAAGUACUGGUGAAAGACUUUCACGUAUUCGCCGACCGUAAGGGUCGGUCCUAUAAACACCCGGUGCUCCACAAAAACGUGUUUUACUCGACGGGCGACGACUGGAAACGGUUGCGAAGUAUUAUAAGUCCCACAUUUACGUCGGGAAAGAUGCGCAAAAUGUAUCAUUUGGUCGGUGAGUGUCUUCAGGAGUACAUCGAGAUAUUGGAUGAGAUGGCUCAAUACAAUGAUUGUGCGGACAAAGUCUACGUCCAGUAUCUGUCGGGCGGACGUCACAAACGCCGACGAGUGGUCGUUGUGUGCGUUGGCAUCGGUGCCAAAGGCCACGGCGGCGAUCACGUCCAUCGUGUAGUUGCCGCACAUCUUCUUGAGGUCUACACAAUCGCCGCACUCCAUGUCCACCACGUGUGUCAUGAGUGCCCGCAAACACUGUCUGACUAUUGGAUACAUUUUGCGUAUUUUGGCCGAACUGAACGUAGGGCUGGCUAUCGAGCGGAUACGGCGCCAGUUGUCUCCCCGCGCGUGAGACAAACUCUCUCGAUAGAGGAAAUGAUUGGUCGGUCGCAUCCGUCUAUCGAUGAACACGUGAUAGUCCUUAACCACAAUCUUCUUAAUCAGUUCCGGUUUGGUCACCAC